CACUUCCAUCUGAGUAACAGUCAAAAGACAGAGUAAACAUUCAAAAGACAGGGUGUAUCUACUCAGACUGGCUCUCCAGCUUGGCAGCUGAGCAUUAUAAGGCAGUUUAAUUCCAAAUAUGCUGCCUCUCUUCAGGCUGCACACCCUGUGUUGGUAGAGGCUGAACAAGAGAAUCCCAUGGAUCACUUUGGCUGUGAUCACUUUUUCUGUGUGACACUGGAUCACUUUUUCUGUGUGACACAGUACACCAUCAUGCACACAUACCAGAAAGAUCUCUGCAAAUAAUCUCAGAAGCAUUGCUGCUGAAAAGUAGAUUGGGCAGAGCUUGGGUUUGAGUGAUGUCCCUGGGCUGUGUCUGAUACCUGGGCCAGCUCCAUGUACCCCUUUAUUUCUAUCUUCAUCAUGUCAAGUGCAUAUAAUGAGUCCCUUUUGAACCACACAUCUUUGUUUAACUCUAAUUAAAAAGAUAAAUGAUAAGUUCCAAGUUCUGGUAAAACUCUGUACUUAGCUUAAACAAGACAUUGUAGGAGAUUUUUUUAUAUUGUGAAGCCUUUACAGACUUGAAAAGGUGCUUCAGGUUUUAAAGUUGAGCUAUGUAUUUAUUCAAGUAAAAACUUUUAAUUGUGUGCAGUUGUGCCAUGCAUUACAUAGAUUUGAAGAAUAUCAAGUUGGAAGGGAACCUCAAGGAUCAUAAGCUAUCUUGAACACAGCAUGUACUUUGUGUCUCUUUGUAAAGGUGUCUAUAUGACUGAUGUGUUUAUUUAUGCAUUUCUUUGGUAUUUUCUCUGUUAAGAGAUUGCAGGAGGCUUUAAAAUUAAUUUUGACCUUGAUUAUGACGUUGAUAUUAGUUAGAGGCAUGUAAUUUUCUUAUGUUUUGGUUGUGCUUACUUUGUUGGGGAGUCUAUGCAUGGUGUUAUCCAACACAUGCACUCUGUGUUUGAGUAACUCAGGGAAUACCUUUUCCUGAGAGCAUCCAUAUUUUAUAUUGGAAGAUGUUUUAAAAUCCAUUUGAUUUGUCAGGAUUAAUCUUAAUUCUUUUCUAGAAAUCCUUCCUAGAGGAUGAGUAGUUUUAUCUGUAAAAUAUUAUGAAGUUAUAUCUUAGUUUCCAAUGUAUUUGUAUAAAUAAACCUGUUAUGUAGAUAGAAUAUAAUAAUUCUUUUGUAAUACUAAUACUUUUUUUGUUACACACCCCUUUUUUACCAAUGAGCAACAAAGAAAAAUGCAGAAGAAAUUAAAACUUAUAUUUAAUGAGCAUGAAUGAUGAAUUGCUAUUCUUGGAGUGAUGCAGUUAAAUAAUAUAUGAAGUGGUUAUUCAGAACAGCUGACAGAAAAUUACUCUUUCUAGGUUUUUGUUUGCUGUUUAUUGUCUAUGUAAAAUACAUGAAUGAGUGACCUACAUUUAAUAAAUUUAUGCUUGUAUUGUAGACUAAGCAGAAAUAAGUAAUCAUAUUAAGUCACUAUAAUAAAUCUUUAAAAUAGAUGAGAAUAAAUUCAUUUUCUCUGAUGCUUGAGGAGCCCAAAUGAGUACCCUGUAUUACUGAGAAAUCUGUGUGAACACUGCGCUGUUGUUAAUUAAGAUUUUCCUUGUAAAAUGGAUCAUCUUGGAAACCUUUUAAAAAUCAUGCAUUCCAUUAUUUGUUCAUAACUGGUGCACAAAUCAGGUUGCUAUUCCCCCAUCUCUGGCUGUAGUAUGUUAAGGGAGGGAAUGCAUGCUCUUUUGAGCACCCUGCCUCUGUAGGAUGUAGAUUUUCUUGCUCGGUGAGCGUUAGAAGUGCAAACUGCUUUGAGCCUGAAAUCGGGAGUGGGGUUUACUGCUUCUAUUUGUGGCUCCUUUGAGCAGCCAGUUGCCAAGGAGAUCACUGGCAAAACCCCAGCAACUCCCUGCACCACGUUAGCCUAUAAAGCAAGCGCUGCAACAGAUCCAGUGACAAUCAUUAGACACUUCCUGAGAAAACACCCUGGAGGUUUUAGGAGGGUUUAUAUUUCCACCACCUGUUUCAUUGUCACAUCUGCUCUUCAGCAAACAGAAAGGGAAAUGUUUAUGACCUCUAGAUGGAUAUAUUAUUUGUUUCUUUUCCCAGUGUAACCAUCAAUGUCCAUUGAAAACAUUUCUAUAUCUAUUAAAAAAACCCUAUUUCUCUGCCUGCCUCAUGUAAUCCUUCUUUGUGUCAGAGAUAAUUAGCAGCCAUCUAAUAAGAUUAGCCAACUAGUGUGAUUAGUGAGCUCAAACCCUGUCCUUUUCCUUUUGCAGUCUGACACAAAUGCAAGUUACCUGAGAGCAGCUCGAGCUGGCAACUUGGAAAAGGCUCUUGACUACUUAAAAAAUGGAGUGGACAUCAACAUCUCAAAUCAGAAUGGGUUGAAUGCUCUCCAUCUCGCCUCCAAAGAAGGGCACGUAGAGGUUGUCUCUGAGCUGAUCCAGCGAGGUGCCAGUGUGGAUGCAGCCACAAAGAAAGGAAACACAGCACUGCACAUAGCAUCCCUCGCUGGACAAGCAGAAGUUGUCAAAGUGUUGGUUACAAAUCGGGCCAAUGUCAAUGCACAGUCUCAGAAUGGCUUCACUCCACUGUACAUGGCAGCCCAAGAAAACCACCUGGAGGUUGUUAAGUUUCUUCUUGACAAUGGUGCCAGUCAAAGCCUUGCCACAGAGGAUGGUUUCACACCUCUGGCAGUAGCUCUGCAGCAAGGCCAUGACCAGGUGGUUUCCCUGCUGCUGGAGAAUGACACCAAGGGGAAGGUUCGCCUGCCCGCCCUGCACAUCGCGGCGCGCAAGGACGACACCAAGGCGGCGGCUCUGCUCCUGCAGAACGACCACAACGCUGACGUGGAGUCAAAGAGUGGGUUCACUCCCCUGCACAUAGCUGCUCACUAUGGGAAUAUCAAUGUAGCCACGUUGCUGUUAAAUCGGGGUGCUGCCGUGGACUUCACUGCAAGGAAUGAUAUCACACCGUUGCACGUUGCAUCAAAAAGGGGAAAUGCAAAUAUGGUCAAACUCCUACUUGAUCGAGGAGCUAAAAUUGAUGCCAAAACAAGGGAUGGGCUGACCCCCCUCCACUGUGGAGCAAGAAGUGGCCAUGAGCAGGUUGUAGAAAUGCUGCUGGAUCGUGGUGCCCCUAUUCUUUCCAAAACCAAGAAUGGUUUGUCUCCGUUGCACAUGGCAACACAAGGGGAUCAUCUAAACUGUGUUCAGCUCCUGAUCCAGCACAACGUGCCUGUGGAUGAUGUCACCAAUGACUACCUGACUGCGCUGCAUGUUGCUGCCCACUGCGGCCACUACAAAGUCGCCAAGGUUCUCUUGGACAAGAAAGCUAAUCCUAAUGCCAAAGCACUGAAUGGUUUCACACCUCUUCACAUUGCCUGCAAGAAGAACAGAAUAAAAGUAAUGGAACUUCUUCUAAAGCACGGUGCAUCAAUUCAAGCUGUAACUGAGUCGGGCCUAACUCCAAUCCAUGUUGCUGCCUUCAUGGGACAUGUAAAUAUUGUAUCACAGCUAAUGCAUCAUGGAGCAUCCCCCAACACUACCAAUGUGAGAGGAGAGACAGCACUGCACAUGGCAGCCAGGGCUGGCCAGACUGAGGUCGUCAGGUACCUGGUACAGAACGGAGCCCAGGUGGAGGCCAAAGCCAAGGAUGACCAAACCCCGCUGCACAUUUCUGCCCGCCUGGGCAAGGCAGACAUUGUGCAGCAGCUGCUGCAGCAGGGAGCAUCUCCCAACGCAGCCACCACGUCAGGCUACACACCCCUGCACCUCUCUGCAAGGGAAGGGCAUGAAGAUGUGGCUUCUGUUCUUCUGGAUCAUGGUGCAUCUCUGUCUAUCAUCACCAAGAAAGGAUUCACUCCACUACAUGUGGCUGCAAAGUAUGGGAAAAUCGAGGUAGCCAACCUCCUGCUUCAGAAGAAUGCGUCUCCUGAUGCUUCUGGAAAGAGCGGUUUAACACCACUGCAUGUAGCUGCACACUACGAUAAUCAAAAGGUGGCCCUCCUCCUGUUGGACCAGGGAGCUUCACCUCACGCCUCUGCCAAGAAUGGUUACACCCCCCUGCACAUAGCUGCCAAGAAGAACCAGAUGGACAUCGCCACCACGCUGCUGGAGUACGGCGCGGACGCCAACGCCGUCACGCGGCAGGGCAUCGCCCCGCUGCACCUCGCCUCGCAGGACGGCCACGUGGACAUGGUGUCCCUGCUGCUCGCCAGAAACGCCAACGUCAACCUCAGCAACAAGAGUGGACUGACGCCCCUCCACCUGGCUGCCCAAGAGGACAGGGUCAAUGUAGCAGAGGUUCUGGCUAACCAGGGAGCUGCUGUUGAUGCACAGACAAAGAUGGGAUACACUCCUUUGCACGUUGGCUGCCACUACGGAAACAUAAAAAUCGUCAACUUCCUUCUGCAGCAUUCUGCAAAAGUCAACGCCAAAACGAAGAACGGGUACACGCCGCUGCACCAGGCGGCACAGCAGGGGCACACCCACAUCAUCAACGUCCUGCUCCAGCACGGCGCCGCGCCCAACGAGCUCACUGUGAAUGGAAACACUGCCCUGGCCAUUGCUAAGCGACUUGGCUACAUUUCAGUUGUUGACACGCUGAAGGUGGUGACAGAGGAGACCAUGACUACAAUUACUGUUACAGAAAAGCACAAAAUGAAUGUACCAGAAACCAUGAAUGAAGUUCUUGAUAUGUCUGAUGAUGAAGUGCGUAAAGCCAAUGCCCCUGAAAUACUCAGUGAUGCUGAAUAUUUGUCAGAUGUUGAAGAAGGUGAGGAUGCAAUGACAGGCGACACAGACAAGUACCUCGGACCCCAGGAUCUGAAAGAGCUGGGAGAUGAUUCCCUGCCUGCUGAAGGAUACAUGGGCUUCAGCCUGGGAGCCCGCUCCGCCAGUCCAAAAGUCAGCCUCCGCUCCUUCAGUUCGGAUAGGUCCUACACGCUCAACAGGAGCUCCUAUGCCCGGGACAGCAUGAUGAUUGAGGAGCUGCUGGUGCCAGCCAAGGACCAGCACCUGACGUUUCAAAGGGAGUUUGAUUCUGAUUCUCUCAGGCACUAUAGCUGGGCUCCAGACACCUUGGACAAUGUUAACCUUGUUUCCAGUCCCAUCCAUUCCGGCUAUUCCUCUCCACUCCCCCAGUAUGAUUCAAGUUUCCUGGUUAGUUUCAUGGUGGAUGCCCGCGGGGGCUCCAUGAGGGGCAGCCGGCACCAUGGCAUGCGGAUCAUCAUCCCGCCGCGGAAGUGCACGGCGCCCACGCGCAUCACCUGCCGCCUGGUCAAGAGGCACAAGCUGGCCAGCCCGCCUCCCAUGGUCGAAGGAGAAGGAUUGGCAAGUCGGCUUGUAGAGAUGGGGCCAGCAGGGGCACAGUUCUUAGGCCCUGUCAUAGUGGAAAUCCCACAUUUUGGAUCAAUGCGAGGCAAGGAACGAGAGCUGAUCGUCCUCCGGAGUGAGAACGGUGAAACGUGGAAGGAGCACCAGUAUGACAGCAAACAUGAAGAUUUAACUGAAAUACUUAAUGGCAUGGAUGAAGAGCUGGACAGCGUGGAGGAGCUGGAGAAGAAGCGGAUCUGCAGGAUCGUCACCAAGGAUUUCCCCCAGUACUUCGCGGUGGUUUCCCGGAUCAAGCAGGAGAGCAACCAGAUCGGGCCCGAGGGCGGCGUGCUGAGCAGCACCACGGUGCCACGGGUCCAGGCCGCCUUCCCCGAGGGCGCUCUGACCAAGAGGAUCCGCGUGGGGCUCCAGGCUCAACCAGUUCCAGAAGAGAUUGUCAAAAAAAUCCUUGGAAACAAAGCAACAUUCAGUCCCAUUGUCACUGUGGAGCCAAGAAGAAGGAAAUUCCAUAAGCCAAUAACCAUGACAAUUCCUGUGCCACCUCCAUCAGGAGAAGGAGUAACCAAUGGGUACAAAGGCGACACGACUCCCAGCCUUCGACUCCUAUGUAGCAUUACAGGAGGCACUUCGCCCGCGCAGUGGGAGGAUAUCACGGGCACCACGCCGCUGACGUUUUCCAAUGACUGCGUCUCCUUCACCACCAAUGUUUCUGCCAGAUUUUGGCUCGCAGACUGCCACCAAGUACUAGAGACUGUUGGGCUGGCAACACAGCUUUACAGAGAAUUAAUAUGUGUUCCUUACAUGGCAAAGUUUGUGAUAUUUGCCAAAAUGAAUGACCCCGUGGAAUCCAAUUUGCGCUGCUUCUGCAUGACUGACGACAAAGUGGACAAAACUUUGGAGCAACAAGAGAACUUUGAGGAAGUUGCCAGGAGCAAAGACAUUGAGGUUCUUGAAGGAAAACCUAUUUAUGUUGAUUGCUAUGGAAAUCUGGCCCCUUUGACUAAAGGAGGACAGCAGCUUGUUUUUAAUUUUUAUGCUUUCAAAGAAAAUAGACUGCCAUUCUCUAUCAAGGUAAGAGACACCAGCCAGGAACCCUGUGGUCGAUUAUCAUUUUUGAAAGAACCAAAGACUACAAAAGGACUGCCACAAACAGCUGUUUGCAACUUGAAUAUCACUCUGCCAGCACACAAAAAGGAAACAGAGUCAGAUCAAGAUGAUGAGACGGAGAAGGCUGACCGGCGCCAGAACUUCGUCUCCCUUGCUUUACGUAAGCGCUACAGCUAUCUGACUGAGCCUGGAAUGAAAACAGUUGAACGGAGUGCAGGAGCAACAAGAUCCCUACCUGCUACUUACUCAUACAAGCCAUUCUUUUCAACACGGCCAUAUCAGUCAUGGACAACAGCUCCAAUUACAGUGCCUGGGCAAACCAAAUCAGGCUUCACUUCCUUAUCAAGCUCUUCCUCUAACACUCCUACAGCUUCCCCAUUAAAAUCAAUAUGGUCUGUUUCUUCUACUUCUCCAAUCAAAUCCACAUUAGGAGCUUCUACCACGUCUUCAGUUAAAUCUGUUAGUGAUGUAGCAUCUCCGAUUAGAUCGUUUCGGACAAUCUCUUCACCAAUAAAAACUGUGGUCUCGCAGCCUCCCUACAACAUGCAGGUCACUUCAGGCUCUUUCAUCAGAGCUCCCGCAGUCACAGAAGCUGCCAGUCUCAAAGGGCUGGCCUCCACUACCACAUUCCCCUCUCGGACAUCUCCAGUGACUACAGCAGGAUCUCUCUUGGAGAGAUCAUCCAUAACCAUGACGCCUCCAGCAUCCCCCAAAUCCAACAUUAACAUGUACUCUUCGAGCUUGCCACUUAAAUCGGUCAUCACAUCAGCAUCCUCACUUUUAUCGUCCCCUCUAAAGUCAGUGGUGUCACCUGCUAAGUCAGCAGUUGAUGCUGUUUCAUCCACUAAAGUCAUGAUGGCCUCGUCUCUCUCGUCGCCAGCAAAACAUGUAGCUGGGCACACAGAUGUACCAUUGCUCAAUGGGUCUGUGUCACCUCUGAAAUACCCAUCUUCUGCCAACUUAAUAAAUGGAUCCAAAGCUGCAGGUGUUUUUCAAGACAAGAUCUCUGCAGCUGCGCAUUCUGCAACUUGUGCUGCUAACGCAGUUGCUGACACGGCUGAGAGAGUGUUUUCAACAGCUACAACAAUGUCAUUUUCUCCACUCAGGUCAUUUGUGUCUUCAGCACCAUCAGCUUUCCAGUCAAUGAGAACUCCUCCUGCAGGUGCUUUGUACACAGCCCUUGGGUCAAUAUCUGCAACUACCUCAUCAGUAACUUCAUCAACAAUAACAGUGCCGGUAUAUUCUGUAGUCAAUGUUUUGUCCGAACCAGCAUUAAAGAAGCUCCCAGAGUCGUCUUCACUUACAAAAUCAGCUGCUGCGUUACUGUCACCUAUUAAAACAUUGACUACAGAGGCGCGCACACAGCCUACCUUUACUCGAACUUCAUCUCCAAUAAAAUCAUCCUUGUUUUUAGCACCUUCUGCUCUCAAACUGUCCACACCAUCUUCCUUAUCCUCCAGUCAGGAGAUACUGAAAGAUGUUGCUGAAAUGAAAGAGGAUCUGAUAAGAAUGACUGCGAUAUUGCAGACAGAUGUCGCAGAGGACAAGCCGUUCCAACCUGACAUACCAAAAGAGGGUAGAAUUGAUGAUGAAGAGCCCUUUAAAAUUGUUGAGAAAGUAAAAGAGGACUUAGUAAAAGUUAGUGAGAUUCUGAAAAAGGAUGUAUGUUUAGAAAGUAAAGGGUCGGCUAAAGUACCCAAAAGUGAUCAAGGACACCUGUCUGAGGAUGACUGGGUAGAGUUCAGUACAGAGGAGAUUGAUGAAGCGAGACAGCAAGCUUUGACAAGCCCUCCUAUAUCUGUUCCAGAGAAGGUCCAAAUUAAAACUAAAACCAUGUCGGAAAAGGAUUAUAGCUUGUCAAAAGUUAUUGAUUACUUAGCGAAUGAUAUCGGUAGCAGUUCAUUAACAAACAUAAAGUACAAGUUUGAAGAGGGGAAAAAAGAAGGUGAAGAGAGACAAAAGCGCAUUUUAAAACCAGCUAUCGCUUUGCAGGAACAUAAACUUAAAAUGCCUCCAGCCUCCAUGAGGCCUUCAACGUCGGAAAAGGAGUUAUGUAAAAUUGCAGACUCCUUUUUUGGAACAGACACUAUUUUAGAGUCUCCAGAUGACUUUUCUCAACAUGAUCAAGAUAAAAGUCCCUUGUCUGACAGUGGCUUUGAAACGAGGAGUGAAAAGACACCUUCUGCCCCACAAAGUGCUGAAAGCACAGGGCCAAAACCACUUUUCCAUGAUGUGCCCAUCCCCCCCGUCAUUACAGAAACAAGAACUGAAGUAGUUCAUGUCAUCCGCAGCUAUGAACCAUCUUCGGAAGAUAUUCCAGAGCAGAAGGCUGAGGAGCUACCAGCCUCAAAACCUUCCCCUGCAUUUAUGGAGCUGGAGCAAAAACCUUCUGGGUCCAUUAAAGAGAAGGUUAAAGCUUUUCAAAUGAAAGCCAGUGGCAGUGAAGAGGACGACCAUAAGUGCGUCCUUAGUAAAGGUGUCCGAGUGAAAGAAGAAACUCAUAUCACUACAACAACUAGGAUGGUUUAUCAUAAACCUCCGUGCACAGAAAGCACCUCUGAAAGAAUUGAGGAAACAAUGUCUGUUCAUGACAUAAUGAAAGCCUUUCAGUCUGGACGUGACCCUUCCAAAGAACUGGCAGGUCUGUUUGAACAUAAAUCGUCAGUAACGUCUGAUGUUAGCAAGUCUGCUGAAACUUCACCACAACAUGCAGAGAAGGACAGCAAAAUGAAACCCAAACUGGAGCGAAUAAUAGAGGUCCAUAUUGAACAAGGUAAUCAGGCUGAACCUACUGAAGUCAUUAUUAGAGAAACAAAAAAGCAUCCAGAAAAAGAAAUGUAUGUGUAUCAGAAAGACUUACCUCGGGGAGAUAUUAACUUAAAAGAGUUGGAAAAACAUGAUGCUUUUCCUUGUUCAGACGAACAAGGUCAGCAAGAAGAAGAGGAGCUCACGGCCGAAGAGUCACUUCCUUCUUAUCUGGAAUCCUCUAGAGUUAACACUCCCGUGUCCCAGGAAGAAGACAGUCGCCCUAGUUCUGCUCAACUCAUGUCUGAUGACUCUUACAAAACACUGAAGCUUUUGAGUCAGCACUCAGUAGAAUACCAUGAUGAUGAGUUGUCAGAACUAAGAGGGGAGUCUUACAGGUUUGCUGAGAAAAUGCUUCUUUCAGAAAAGCUAGAUGUGUCUCAUUCUGAUACUGAGGAGUCAGUUACUGACCAUGCUCUACCCCUUAGUGCAGAGUUACAGGGGACUGAUAAACGAUGCAGAGAAAAAGUAGCUACUGCCCCCAAAAAAGAGAUUCUCUCCAAAAUCUAUAAAGAUGUAUCUGAAAAUGGUGUAGGUAAAGUGUCUAAGGAGGAUCAUUAUGAUAAAGUGACAGUGUUACACUACACUGGAGAUGUUAGUAGUCACAAACAUGCGAUGUGGAUGCGCUUUACUGAGGACAGAUUAGACAGAGGUAGAGAAAAGUUGAUAUAUGAAGACAGGGUGGACAGGACUGUUAAAGAGGCAGAAGAGAAACUGACUGAAGUAUCCCAGUUUUUUCGGGAUAAAACAGAGAAGUUGAAUGAUGAGCUACAGUCUCCAGAGAAAAAGCAGCAUAAAAAAAAUGGCAAGGAAAUACAUUCUAGCCAGAGCUCUGCCAGCAGCAGCCCCGAGAAAGUUCUGCUCUCUGAAUUGCCAUCAUCUGGGGAUGAGUGGAGUAAGGUGAAGCAGUAUGCACAUGAUGGGAAGUGCUUUCCCAAGGUGGAUGAAAGGAAAGCAUCCAGUUUGCCCAGCAGUCCUGAAAAAAGGAUAUAUGUGCAAACUGCAGAGGACUCUAAACGAACUAUGGAACACAAAGGAAGUGCUCAGCAGACUGGAGUGCCUGAGACUGGAUUUCAGCUGAAGCAAUCAAAGCUCAGUUCCAUUAGGCUUAAAUUUGAGCAAGGUAUAAGUCCCAGAAGUAAGGACGUAACUCAAGAAGAAAAAAAGCUGGAUGGUCAGUCCAAAAUUCCAAUUAAAAAAUUGCAAGAAAGUAAGUUACCAGUGUAUCAGUCCUAUUCAAGAGAGAAACACGCAAAGCAAAUAGAGGUCAUUGAUGGGAGCACAGCUUUACAGAAAGAGGUGAAAAUACAGGACGACCUUGUUCCAGGUAAAGGGAAAGCUGUGGAAGACUCUCAUGCUUCAGACACACAAAGAACUGAGAUGAGGAAAGGCGUGCCAGAAUGCAUUUCAGAACCACGGGCAAAAGACCUGGCGUAUGGCUCAGACUCAACAACGAAAGGACACUGGGACAAAAAAAUCUAUAGGACGUGGGAAAGUCCUGGAACUUCUAAUCAUAAAACACAGAAGGAAAAGCUUUCACAUGUGCUGGUUCCAGAUACAGUAAAAGAAAACCAUGUUGAUCAUGCUGAAUCUAAAACUGACCAAAAAAGUGAAUUUAUCACUGUGACAGAGCACAAAGUGGCCUCAAAUGGAAUCCAUUCAGAAGAAGUGAAGGAACUGACUGUAAAAUCCCCCUCAAAAAGGGUUUUAUACAGAGAAUUUGUUGUCAGGGAGGGGGAACGUAAUGGUGAAGUGGCUGAUAAAAUAUCUAAAAGGAAAGAAGAAAUUGCUGUGUCCCAUAUCCCAGUCAGAAUUGUUGAGGAGAAGAGAGCCAUGCUUGAUGGUGUCUAUGAACUUUCAGCUAAAGUAUCCCAAUCAGCUGUGAUUCAGGAGAAAGUUGAAAGGCAGAUUGAUUAUGUGGAAGAUGAAAAAAUAAAGCAUUCAGAAAUCAGAGAAGUUACCAAGCAGCAGAGCUCAAUAGGUCUAAGUCCUCCUGCUGAGGAAACAGAGCUAUCCCCUAGCAAAUCACCAGAUUCUUUAGAAUGUAGCCCAGGAAAGGAAUUUCCUUCGAGUGACAUAGCUGACCCCGGUGCCAGUGAUUACUUGAAUAAAGUUGCACCACUAGUGAGCACUGAGGGAGUAAAAGAAAUUAAGACCUUACCUGUUUAUGUCAGUUUUGUUCAAGUAGGAAAGCAAUAUGAGAAAGAGGUGCAACAAGGUAGUAUUAAAAAAAUUGUCAGUCAGGAAAGUAAGACGGUACAAGAGACGAGGGGGACAUUUUACACAGCUAGGCAGCAAAAACAGCCUCCUUCUCCACAAGGUAGUCCAGAGGAUGACACGCUAGAACAAGUGUCCUUUAUAGACAGCUCUGGUAAAAGCCCUUUAACACCAGAAACACCAAGUUCAGAGGAAGUGAGUUACGAGUUUACAUCUAAAACACCUGACUCACUGAUAGCUUAUAUCCCAGGCAAGCCCAGCCCUAUACCUGAGGUGUCUGAGGAGUCAGAGGAGGAAGCAGAGGCUAAGUCAACAUCUGUGAAACAGGCAGAGGUUGAGGAACCACAGAUCGACAAAACAUUACCUAAUCUUAUAAAUAAGGACUCUAACAAAAGACCCAAAGGUAACAGAGUUGCCUAUAUUGAAUUCCCUCCUCCUCCACCACUGGAUGCAGAUCAAGGUGAAUCAGAAAAGAAGCCUCAUUAUUCCACUGAGAGUGAGAUGGAGAUGACUGAAGUGAACUUGCAAGAUGAACACGACAAGUGCCAACUGGCUGAACCUGUCAUCAGAGUGCAGCCACCUUCUCCUGUGCCACCGGGAGCAGAUGUCAGUGACUCCAGUGAUGAUGAAUCCCUCUAUCAACCUGUUCCACUUAAAAAGUAUACGUUCAAACUGAAAGAGCUGGAAGAUGACCAGAAAGAGAUCUCAAAACCCAAAGCCCCUGAAAAGAUUGAGAAACAGAAAGAGUUAGGACAUCCCACUUCUGGGAAACCCAAUGAGUUUGACAAUGGGGUUGAUUCACCCCAGAAUGAUGUAGUGCAAAAUGGGAGUAACAAUGACCAGUCUGUCACAGAGUGUUCCAUAGCAACCACUGCAGAAUUCUCCCAUGAUACCGAUGCGACAGAGAUUGACUCUCUGGACGGUUAUGAUUUGCAAGAUGAAGAUGAUGGUUUAACUGAGAGUGAUUCUAAACUUGCAGGUCCGGCAGUUGAAACCAAAAAGGACGUAUGGACUACAGAAGGCAUUCUAAAGCAGACUGAUCGCUGUUUUAGCCAGAGUAAGCUUGAAGUCAUUGAGGAGGAAGGCAAGGUAGGCCCUGAAGAAGACAAGACAUCUUCCAAAGGUCCAUCUUCUGACAAAGCUGGAGAUAAGAGCGAUAAGAAGUCAGGGGCACAGUUUUUCUCUUUGGAAGGCAGACACCCUGACAGGACUGUAUUUCCUGACUCGUAUUUCAGUUACAAAGUAGACGAAGAAUUCGCAACACCUUUCAAAACUGUGGCCACCAAGAGUCUAGAUUUUGACCCGUGGUCGAAUAACCGAGGUGACGAUGAAGUGUUUGAGACUAAAUCAAGGGAGGAUGAGGCUAAGCCAUUUGGUCUGGCAGUGGAAGACAGAUCUCAAGCAACGACACCUGACACAACACCAGCCAGAACUCCAACAGAUGAGAGUACGCCAACUAGCGAGCCCAACCCCUUCCCAUUUCAUGAGGGGAAGAUGUUUGAGAUGACUCGCAGUGGUGCAAUUGACAUGAGCAAGAGGGAUUUUGUUGAAGAAAGACUCCAAUUUUUUCAGAUUGGUGAGCAUACUUCUGAAGGGAAGUCAGGGGACAAGGGGGAAGGGGAUAAAAGUACAGUCACUGCCAUCACACAGCCACAGGCAGGGGACAGCACUGUAGAAACAAACCUAGAGAGACCAGUAGAAACAACAGCAGUUGAAAAUAAGCCCGGCAUCCAGGCCAGUGGAGAUUGCAUGGAACAAACACUUGGUAGUAACUCACUGGAGAAAUCAUCGGCAGCAGUAAACGCUUCCAAAGUUGAUCCCAAAUUGCGCACACCAAUUAAAAUGGGAAUUUCUGCUUCCACCAUGACUCUGAAGAAAGAUGGCCCUGGAGAAGUGACAGAUAAGAUAGAAGCUGUGAUGCCAAGUGGUGAGGGAUUAGAAAAUGAAACUGUAGCAGUGAUUGCGAGUUCAGCUUCUAGCCAGACAAGCUGUAGGCAAACAGAAAACACUGAUUUUCCAAAAGAUAAUUUUAAUAACAACAACAAUUUGGAUUCAUCUGCUGUCCCUACAGAUGAUAUUACCUCUAAUGUAGUGCUAAAAGAACAUUUGGAACUGAAAUGUUCCCUCCAGAAAGCUAAUCAAGCGAAAAGCACUUCAGGAAAAGGUACAGGGACAACACAAGGACACAGAGUAAGAGAUAAGCAAAAGCCACACGGAGAGCAGCAAAAGUCAACAGAGUUGGUAGGAGCUAGAGGAAAAUCAAAGCUUCCUGUAAAGGCCAGCUCAGUAAAACAAGUCUUUUCCCAAAAUAAUCUCCAAAGCAAUACAGGGAGUAAAGCGAAAGAGGCUAGUAAGCCUGACAAAGCAAAACAAAAUAAUUCUUCUCCCUGUCUAGAAGCAAGGUCUAGGAUUCCUGUAAAAAACACACAUAGGAGUAAUCUAGCUAGAAGAACUCCAGCCCUGCCAAAACAAGAGCAGGUAGAGAAAGAAAAACCAAAACAACUUCCUUCUAAAUUACCAGUAAAGGUAAGAUCUACCUCCGUCACCAUGACAACAGUUAAAGUAAAGAAAAAUCAGCUUAGGGAGGUAUGUAAACAUUCUAUUGAAUAUUUUAAGGGAAUUAGUGGUGAGACAUUAAAGCUUGUGGAUCGUCUUUCUGAUGAAGAGAAAAAGAUGCAGUCAGAGGUCUCUGAUGAUGAAGAAGACAGUACAUCAAGGAACACAUCCUUAUCAGAAGCUACUCAAGUUUACCUGCCUUCCAUUACACCGAAGUCUGCUAGAGACAUGAGAACAGAGGCAGCAUCUAUAAAAUCAAAGAUUGAAAAGGCCGACAGUGAGAGGAGGAGGAGUAAGAGGACUGGUGAGAAUGAAGGCAGUCAGGUUUCUGGAGCUCUCAUGGCUCACCUCGUGGAGAUCAAGCCUAGUCCACAGAGUCCAUGUGAACGGACAGAUAUAAGGAUGGCAAUUGUAGCUGAUCACCUAGGACUUAGCUGGACAGAACUGGCAAGAGAACUGAAUUUUUCUGUGGAUGAAAUAAAUCAAAUCCGAGUAGAAAACCCAAAUUCUCUUAUUGCUCAAAGCUUCAUGUUAUUAAAAAAAUGGGUUACCAGAGAUGGGAAAAAUGCUACAACUGAUGCCUUAACUUCUGUAUUGACAAAAAUUAAUCGAAUAGAUAUCGUGACCCUGUUGGAAGGACCAAUAUUUGAUUAUGGAAAUAUUUCAGGCACCAGAAGUUUUGCAGAUGAAAAUAACGUAUUUCAUGAUCCCAUUGAUGGUUAUCCCUCCAUCCAAGUGGAACUGGAAACUCCCACUGGGUUGCGCUUCGUGCCGCCCACCCCUUUGCACCAGGACGAUUUCCUUAGCGACACCUCUAGCCUAGAGUCACCCCUUAGAACUCCCAGUAGGCUGAGUGACGUGUUAGUGACCUCCCAGGGACACGUAGAUGGUACAGCAGCAGCCCCGCCAGUGGUGACUGAAGAGGACACUUCACUGGAUGACAGCAAAGUUGAUUUCUCAGUGCCUAGAGAAGGAACACCUAAAGAUAUUUCCGUAGGCGAGAGCCAGUUGGAGGAAGUGGACCUUAAAGAUUUUCCGCGGUAUCUCGGUAGUUAUGGCGGGAUAUCCAAAGAUGCUAAACAAAGGCAGAGCGAAGAGACUAGUGAAAGAGGAGUGAGGACUGAACAGCCCGAGAGAGACAAGUCUGGUACUGAUGAGGAGAUGACGGCAGAAAAGUUUAAGUCUCUGUUUGAGGACAUUCAUCUGGAAGAAGGAGCUGAGUCUGAGGAGAUGACGGAAGAAAGAGUAUGGUCAAUUCUUAAAGGUGUUCAACAAGCAGAACGCGAAAUGUCUUCAAUUACAGGUUGGCAGCCUGACUCCUCCAGCGUCUCCGAGGCGCCGACGUCGGGGCGCAGGAUAGGCAGCAGCCUGCUGGAUCGCCUGGACGAGAGUUCGGACCAAUGUCGGGAUUCUGUUACCUCAUAUGUCAAAGGAGAAGCAGGGAAGCCAGAAACAAAUGGAAGCCUAUCCGAGUCCACAUCAGAGGCAAAAACUAAAUCCUACAUCCAGGAAGCUUUAAAUGAUGUGGGAAAACACAGUGAUAAAGAAGCCCUGAAAACAAAGUCCCAGAUCUCAACUGGUACUAAUGAGCAGACAUUAUCAUCAACAGCAUAUCAGAAAUCUUUGGAAGAGACCAGCAAGCCAACAACAGAAGGCAGCAAAACAUCUGUGCUUGUCAGCGUGAAGAAGAUGGGCUGGAGUACUUCUGAGGAUGGCAAGCCAAGAACAAGCAUCCAAGAGGAGGAGGGAGCAGUAAUGUCUGAACAGAAGCAGGGAGAAGCUUAUAAGGUUAAGACAAAGAAAGAAGUCAGACACGUGGAGAAGAAGAGUUACUCAUGAAAGCUGAAAGCCAACCACUGAACGUGUGCUUUUACUGCCAGUAUUCUAGAGGGACACUCACGGAAGAAAAAUCAACAGGAAUUAAAACAUUCACCUAUAAAAGUGUGCGUGUGUUUGCUGCUUCCCCACAUUAACCGCAUGGUUUUUAUGCAAAAAGAAAAAAAAAAACAAACAAAAAAAAAUCCCAGACAAAAAAAUUAAUUUAGCAUGAGCCAAUUUACAGAGCAUGGAAAUUCACAUUCAUUCACAGGAUUGGAGGGUGCUCAGUUACCAAUGCAGUGUAUAUACAAGAUGCCAUGCUGUUAUCAGCUUCUCUCAAGCAGUUUGAUGUCAUCUCAAAAGAAAUAAAUUCCUGUGGCCAGAGAGGAUAUGCGAAGACGAAAUGGUUAAACCAUGGAAAGACACUAAAAAUACUAAAAUCCACAACAGCUCGCCUUAUUUUUCUUGGACCCAAACUGUCAGGGUAUAAAACACUAUUUGUUUCUUUUUUAAACAUCAAUAGUUUUGCUGUAAAUAAAUAACACUGUAUAAAUUCUAACAAAAUAGAAUAAGUGUUGAUAAGGCACUGCCUUUUCGAUCACAAACAGAAUAUUGCGAAUGCAUUGAGCAGGCUAGGUGUCUCAAAUGGCUGCACCUACAGGGAUAUUCUGGGUGUAUCUUCACAGAUUCUUGUAUAUUAGCAAUUAUAAUGUUUGUAUAUGCAAAAUCGCUAGCUUGAUUUUAAAAAAAUCUUUAAAAUCUGCUGCAAAUUUAAAUGAUUCCCAAAAUGAGGAAUUCUGUAGUUCUGUGAAAAUUUUUCUUCAGAGUACUAAUAUUUUGAUGCAUGUGUUUCACCUUAUUUUGAUUAAAUCUUUUCCAGUUUUGCAAACACUAUUCCGCAACAUGAAAAAUAAGAUUUUAUCUGUAAACACAAAGCCCUUCAUCUAAUAUUUGUUGCUGUUGCCAAUUUUUCAAUGAAAUGACCUAAGACCCAUAACAUAUACAGUAGUUACAUUAUGGGGAGGGGGGUGCUAUCUGUUCUUGCUUUAUAAUGGGGGUAAUGCUUGCAGCUUUAGAAGUGGGUUGGUGCUCUAAGGAGCACAAGUUUGGGAUAUUUUUAAAUGAACUGAAGAGAAAUUAUUAGCUAAUAGACUGGCAGCACGCUGUAAAAUUAUUACUGUAUUGUGUACUGGCUAUAAGAUGUAGAAUCUUUCAGUAAGCCAAUCAUCUGUAAUCAUCCUAGCAGUGUAAUAUUAGGUUGUUAAGGCUGCUGUGUUUUAAAGGGCAUUUUUAUUUGGUUUUUGGUGAAAUACUUUAAUUUGUUGAUUAUAUUCAUAUGGAAACAGCAUUCAUUGAUAAUAGCUCUAAUUACAUAUGUAUGAAAACAACAAACACUGGAUGAUCUAGUUGAUUAUUUAAGCAUAAAAUAAAUUGUGUUAAAACUCUUGGA